UAAGAGUUAAGUCUGAAACUCUUAGCAUAUUUCAUUCCUCCCCCCAAACAAUGGCAGCCUUGAAUGGCUGGUCGUCCUUCCCCAUGCAUGAUAAUCUCGACCAUGAUCUGGCCAUUCGAAGGUUUUGUCCAGCACGAGUUGAGCAAGAACACGGAGAGUGUGAGUGGGAGUGGGAGGAUGAGCUACUGAAUGAGCUUGAACUAUGUUCUCCCUCUAAUACCACUACCAUACCCUGUUUGCCAGCUCCAGAGGUAGAUGAAUUUGUUGAUAGUUGUAUUAACAUGGAUCAUUAUGAAAAAGAAUGUAGUAACUUGCAACAUGAUUUCAAUCUGUUCCAAGAAGAGAUGGAAACAUUUUCUUUGGUGAAUGAUGUUUAUGGUGAUGCUUCAAUGAUGAUAGACGGAGAUGGAUUGGAAAUGAGUGGCUCAUUUGAGGAUUUUGGAGUACUUGAUCCUGUAAUGGUGCCUAGUGUGCAAGAAGAGGUGAGCCAUGGUGAUUUGAAACAAGGGCUUCAUUUGGUGCACUUGUUGUUGGCUUGCGCUGAGGCUGUUGGGUGCAGGGAUACUCAACUUGCAGACUCAAUACUCAAACAAAUAUGGGUUUCAGCAAGUCCUUGGGGUGAUUCACUGCAAAGAGUCUCCUACUGCUUUGCAACAGGAUUGAAGUCUAGGCUAUCACUUCUCCACAAUGUCAAUGCAAACGGGACAUUCACAAAUGGUGCUAAGGAGAAACCUUUGAUCACAAGGGAGGAGAAAUCAGAAGCCUUCCAACUCCUUUAUCAAACAACUCCAUACAUGGCUUUUGGCUUUAUGGCUGCUAAUGAAGCUAUAUGUCAAGCAGCAAAAGGGAAGGAUUCCUUGCACAUCAUGGAUAUAGGAAUGGAGAAUACCCUUCAAUGGCCUUCUUUAAUUAGAACCCUUGCAUCAAGGCCUGAGGGUCCUCCAAAUCUCAGAAUCACUGGAUUAAUCAGUGAGCACUAUCUCUCAGAACUUGAGGUAAGCAUGAAAAUUCUUGUAGAUGAUGCUAGCACACUAGGACUAACACUAGAAUUCAACAUGAUAUCAGGGCCAGUGACGCCAUCAGGUCUAACCAAAGAGAACCUAAACUUGAGAGAAGGGGAAACACUAUUUGUCAAUAGCAUCAUGCACUUGCACGAGUUUGUUAAAGAGAGUAGAGGGUCUCUUAAAGCAAUCCUACAAGCAAUCAAGAAAUUACGUCCGACUGUGCUUACAGUUGUAGAGCAAGAUGCAAACCAUAACGGACCCUUUUUUCUUGGGAGAUUCCUUGAGUCUCUACACUAUUAUUCUGCAAUUUUCGAUUCCCUCGAGGCCAGCCUCCCACGAAAUAGUGCACAGAGGAUGAAGAUAGAGUUUCUCUUUGCAGAGGAAAUUCGCAACAUUGUUGCUUUUGAAGGCACGAAUAGGGUUGAGAGGCACGAAAGGAUAGAUCAAUGGAGAAGACAAUUAGGCCGAGCCGGGUUUCAGGUAAUGGGAAUGAAGUGCAUGAGUCAAGCUAAGAUGUUGAUAUCAGUCUAUGACUCUGAUGGCUAUACUCUGUCUAGUGAGAAAGGUUGCCUUCUCCUUGGAUGGAAAGGGAGGCCUAUAAUACUUGCAUCUGCAUGGCAAGUGCACAAUGUUUUGUCCACCUAGUUUCCUGGAAGACAUUGCAUCUAAUCUGGCUAGACCAUUAGUUAAUUAGAAAAUAAUAUGGUGGAGCAUCUUGUGAUCGAAGGUCUCCAUAUUCCUAAUGAUUGUUGGAAAUUUAAUAGUCCUUGAUUCUUUAAGAGAAAAUGCUUUUCCUUAGGCUCCAUAUUUUUUUCAUUAUAUACAACCAAUAGUUUGUACAUCGCCAUGCAAUAUAUUAGACAAUUC